AAAAUAACUUAUAUUCAUCAUAAACGCUUUAAAUUUAAACCGAAUGGAUCGCAUAAAAAUGCAACCAAAGCUUUUACUGCUACUACAACUGAUACUGUCGAUGCUAAAACUACCAAAACUACUAUCAUCAAUCAUAACAACACCAAUCAUGUAAUCAUUAAAAAUUCCAAUUUAUUCAUUGAUGAAGAUGAUUUGGCAUAUGCUACUACAAUUGGAUUGAAUACAAAUAUGAAUAGUACAGAUAUUCUAUCUCCUAGUAGUUAUCCAUUAUUGCAGUAA